AUGGCCUCUUUCGCAACACCCCUGCCACAGUCAAGCAGGUCCGAGGUCCUCGAGUGGCGCUUCCCGAAGCCUUACCACCAGUAUGUUCUGACUGGCAAAUCACGGGCUGCGUGGCACACUUCAUUCGUUAUACCCCAGCUCAACCUCCUCCUCGAUGCCGGCCUCGUCGUCAACAACCUCCGGCCCAAACAUAUAUUUGUAACGCAUGGCCACGCCGACCACUGCUUGCUUAUUCCUGCGUUUACCAAGCGCGAGGACCCGCCAGAUAUCUUUUGUCCUAUUGAAAUGAAGAAGGCUCUUGAAGACUUCAUCCUGGCCAAGACGCUACUAAACCGCGGUGGACUAUAUACAAGCAACGACGCGGAGUCACUGGGGCUAAAGCUAGAUGGGAAGGGCGUGGAUGAGGAGGGGCGAACAGAGGGUGAGAGGGCAUUCCUAGGUACUCACAAGACGACAGCCGUUAAGCAUGGCGAUGUGGUUCCGCUACGGAGGCUGAAGGGCAUGAACGCUAUGGUGGUCCAAUGCGACCACAACGUUCCAAGCGUGGGCUACGUUUUCACUACAACAACUCACAAGCUGAGGCCCGAGUACACCUCCCUGCCCGGUCCGGAGUUGAAGAGUCUCAGGCAGUCGGGCGUGGAGCUUACGGCGCCAGUCACGACGCCCAUCUUUGCCUUUCUCGGCGAUACGACGGCGUCGACGCUUGCUGCCGAGCCUGAGUGGUUGGAGCAGGGCAUUCCUGUGGUCAUCACUGAGUGCAGCUUCUUGUACGACGAGCACGAUGCGCAGGCGGAGAAGACGAAGCAUACCAAGUGGAAGGACUUGGAGAAGGUGGUGCGCAAGUGGCCGAAAACGACGUUCAUCCUAACGCACUUCAGUAUGCGGUAUAGUAACAAGGAUGUGGUGGCAUUUUUCAACGACUUGAACGAUCCGCCGGCAAACAUCGUGGUUUGGGCGGAUGGACAGCCUGAAUGA